AUGUGUGGAAUUUUUGCGUACAUUGGUGACAAGGAGGCAGCCGCUUUGCUGAUCACUGCCCUCAAGCGCCUGGAGUAUCGGGGAUAUGACUCAGCUGGCAUUGGCAUCCAUGGAGUGCCGUUGAAAGUGCGAAAGAAGGUUGGCAAGGUUGCCAAUUUAGAGGAGGACGUGUCCAAAGCAUCUGACACGGUGAAAGGCACUCUGGGAAUUGCGCACACGAGAUGGGCAACCCAUGGAAAGCCGUCUGACAUCAAUGCGCAUCCUCAUGCCACCUCGCAGUCCAGCAUUGCGGUGGUGCACAACGGUGUUAUUGAGAAUCAUAGGGCACUCAAGGAGCAGCUGUCAAGCAAAGGCUACCAGUUCCUCAGCCAGACUGACACUGAACUCUUGGCGCACUUGGUUCAGGACUUGAAAAUGCAGAUGGAUGGUGCCAGUUGGCUGGAGGUGGUGGCCACAGCUUUGCGACUCUGCGAAGGGGCCUAUGGCGUGGCCUUCAUCUUCCAGGACGAUCCUGACCUAAUCAUUGGAGCUCGAAAAGGAUCUCCUUUGAUUCUGGGAGUGGGACAUGGAGAGAACAUGUUGGCCAGCGAUGCCUCUGCCAUUGUGGAGCACACCAAGGACGUGGUCUACCUGCGUGAGGGUGAGAUUGUAGAAGUGAGGAGGUCCGGCUUCAAGGUGCAUGACAUCCAGAAAGUGGUGUCCAAAUUGGGGAAGAACAGGAUCAGUCCCAGACCUGAUGAUGUCGAAAAUCCCAUUGUCAGGCUUGAAUUGUCGCUUGAGCAGAUCGAGAAGGGUGGCUUCAAGCACUUCAUGCUCAAAGAAAUCAUGGAUCAGCCCAAUGCCAUGAGAAAUUGCCUCCGUGGCCGAAUCUAUCAACCAGCGGAAGCUCAAUGGGAGAUCAAGCUGGGCGGAUUAGAGAAGGCAAAAGAGGGGGCUGCAAAUACAACCCCUCCAUUGGAGAGAAUGGCCAAAGCCUGCCGAUUGAUUUUCGCUGCAUGUGGAACUUCUUGGCAUUCUGGUCUCAUCGGCAAAUAUGCCUUUGAGAAGCUGGCAGGAGUUCGGGCAGAAGUGGAAUAUGCGAGUGAAUUUAGAUAUCGCAAGCCUUUGAUUUGUCAAAGCGACUGUCUGAUUGCGAUCUCCCAAAGUGGGGAGACAGCAGACACUUUGGAGGCCAUCAAAAUGGCAAAGGAACACAAAGCUUUGACAAUUGGAGUUGUGAAUGUCGUCGGUUCCAGCAUCGCUCGAGAGACGGAUGCUGGCAUGUAUCUUCAUGCUGGACCUGAAAUUGGCGUGGCUUCAACAAAGGCUUUCACUUGCCAGGUCAUUGCCAUCCUUUUGAUGGCCCUUCGUUUGGGGAAGCAGCGUGGUGUGCUCUCAGAAGAGAUGCUCAACAUGUACUGCGCAGCCCUGAAUAAUGUUCCAGACAGCAUCGAGAAAUGGAUCUCCUCAUUGACUGAGCAGACCAGAGUGAUUUCGAAGAAUCUACGGCUGGCCACCAAUGCUCUUUUCUGUGGCAUGGGUGUCCAUCUUCCCGUAGCUUUGGAAGGUGCCCUCAAGUUGAAGGAAAUCUCCUACAUCCAUGCUGAGGGCUUUCCGGCCUCAGAGAUCAGGCAUGGCGGCAUCACGCUGAUCCGAAACUUCGUGCCGGUGGUGUGCAUAGCCAUGAGGUCUGACCCUGCUUAUGAUCAGAUCAAACAGAUGGUUCGUGACUUCAGGUUCCACGUUUGCAUGCGGGCUGCAGUGCCAAUAGAUGUGGGCAAAUAG